CAUAUUCUUGAGAGUGUGCAUGUAGGUGUACAAAAUGCCUCCAAAAAUGGCCGUCUUCUUACUUGUUUUUCAUCUCCUUGGCCUUCCCAUAUUUGCCUCAGACCCUGACCCCGUUCAAGACUACUGCGUACCAAACGCUAAAUUCGGUGCCGGCCGGACCCCUAGAGUCUCGGUCCUCCCGUGCAAGAACUCCUCCGACGUCACUACCGACGACUUCGUCUUCUCGGGCAUGAAGAACUUUGCAGCCAACUUCUCCGAAACCGGGCUUGCCGCCCUCUCCGUGAACCCCACACUGUUUCCGGGGCUUAACACUCUAGGCAUGUCCUUCGUGAGAGCCGACCUAAGAGUUGGCGGCAUCAACCCUCCGCACUUCCACCCCAGGGCCACCGAGAUCGCGUAUUUGGUGCGAGGGAGAGUGUACUCGGGGUUCGUCGACUCGUCGAACCGGGUUUUCGCUAGGGUUAUCGAGGGAGGCGAGGUGAUGUUGUAUCCAAGGGGUCUAGUGCACUUCCAAAUGAACGUUGGCAACAAGCCGGCGACCAUUUUCGGGAGCUUCAAUAGCCAGAAUGCCGGAACGCAGAAAAUUCCGGCAACCAUCUUUGGAUCCGGCAUAAAGAGUGAGCUUCUUGAGAAGGCAUUCGGGUUGAGUCCCAGACAGAUAGGGCAGAUGAGAAGGAAGUUCGACCCCAAAACCACAAGGUAAUUGAUGUUGCGAUCAGUGGACGACAAAGUUGUAUGAUCUGUUUCGGGUUUUUAUUUACUUCUGAUAUACAUAUGAUAUGUUCAUGUUGGAUGGUACAUCAUCGCGCUGUUUAAGACAAAAUCCCAUUACUAUUUAUAGUUGGUUAUGUGAAUGUACACACUUACA